CAGUUGAACAGGAACAGUCGAGCUGGUCUGCAGCAGGAGGAGGUGGACUUACAACCAGCGUGCGUGAGGCAGAAGUUACAGGCUGAUAGUAAGACAGCGAGCCCAGAAGAGAGGUGAAAUGAACCCUUGGAAACAUAUGUGGCAGAGAAUACAUGACCAGAGGACCAGGAGAGCUGCAUGAUUGUUGGACACUGGCCCUCUUAAAGGUUAAGAAAUGGGCCAGACCUCAGUCUCCACUCUGUCUGAGCAAGCCAGUGUUGAUGGGUUAGACAAGGCUUCAAUUGCAAAUUCUGAUGGACCAGCCCCUGGAUCCCAAACUCCUCCUUUCAAGAGAAAGGGCAAACUCUCUACCAUUGGUAAAAUCUUUAAACCUUGGAAAUGGCGGAAGAAGAAGACCAGUGACAAAUUUAGAGAAACAUCAGCAGUAUUGGAAAGGAAAAUUUCAACCAGACAAAGCAGAGAAGAGCUGAUAAGAAGAGGAGUGCUGAAGGAAAUGCCUGAGCCAGAUGGCAAUGUAACAGUAAAUUUUGAAACCUCAAAUGGACACACUAUAGCCAUUGGUGAAGAAAUCGUACAGGAAGAAAAUGUAGUAAAAAGCCCAGAAGACAAUGGUUCUAUCUCAGAAAAAAUACCAGCAUUGGAAGGAAAAAAAGAGGAUAAAAAAGAAAGUACAGAUAAGUAUCCAGAAACACCGGCAUCCCAUGCUCCACCACCACCUAAGUCUAAACCUAAAGCUAAAAAAGCACCGAUACCACCAAAAAAUGUCACUGCUGCUUCCACCACCACAAGCCGUAAGAAUAAUGAAGCAUCUCAUGUUAAAAAAAAAGUCAAGGCACCUACUAAACAGCCCCCUGCCCCACCUCCCAAGCCAACAAGCCACAGUGCAAAUCGAGAAGCUGCUAGUUCCUCUCAUGGAAAAAAAAUACAAGCCUCUAAGUCGUCUUCUUCCCCAGCUCCUUCAUCUACAUCAUCUCAUCCUAAAGCCUCAAAGGAGACAACAUCCGGUAAAACAGGCACAUCAGGGACUGCUAAGGGCAAGAAAAAACCCACAAAACAGUCAGGCCCACGAACAGGACCAGAUGGGGCUGUUUCAUCCACUUCAAAUGUAGUAGUCGACAAUUUAGAAACAAAAGUGGAAAACUCUGUGCCCAAGCAACUUCCAUUUAUCAUUUCAGAAGCUGAAGAUACUGACCAGCAGAUCAAGCUAAUUGUCCCUCCUCCUCCUACCGCUGCUCCUCCUCCUCCCCCAUCUCUUCCUACUCUAGCCAGUCAGUCCACAGUCUCCUCCGAUAUGCAAGAUAUACCAGUUAGUCCCAGCGCAGGCCCUUCUGUCCCUGGUUCAGAUGUUAACCAUCUUCUCCAGACUGAAUGUGAAACAGAGAAUGAGAAUGUAAGCAGGACAGCACUAGACAACAGCCUUGAUGUUAGUGAAGAUGCACAAUGUUCAGUUACCCAAGACGACCAAAAAGAGGAGACUUCUAACCUAGCAAGUGCUGACCCACCAGAAGAGGCGUCCGAGAAUGUUGCCCCUCCAGAAAGCGAUAGCAGCAAAGAGAACCACACCAGUGACUCCGAUUCUGAUGGGCCUAUACUCUACACUGAUGAUGACGAUGAUGACGAUGAUGACAAUGCAAGUGCUGAAAGUUCUUUGGCAAGUAAAAUCCGUCGUAGGGAUACUCUUGCUAUCAAACUUGGCAACAGACCAUCUAAGAAAGAAUUGGAAGACAAAAACAUCUUGCAACGUACAUCUGAAGAGGAGAGGCAGGAAAUCAGACAUCAGAUUGGAACGAAGCUAGUAAGGAGACUUAGCCAGCGGCCCACAACUGAAGAGCUAGAGCAAAGAAACAUUCUAAAGCAGAAGAAUGAAGAAGAGGAACAGGAAGCUAGGAGGGAAUUGAAGCGCAGACUCAGUAGAAAGCUCAGUCUGCGGCCCACAGUUGCUGAGCUGCAGGCAAGAAGAAUCCUACGUUUUAACGAGUAUGUGGAGGUUACGGAUUCCCCAGACUAUGAUCGCCGCGCAGACAAGCCAUGGGCCAGGCUAACCCCUGCAGACAAGGCAGCAAUACGGAAGGAAUUGAAUGAAUUUAAAAGCACAGAAAUGGAAGUACAUGAAGAAAGUCGACAGUUUACAAGAUUUCAUCGCCCAUAAUUAUUUGACAGUAUCCUUUGUUUCAUAUACUAAUUUCCUUUGGGGAAAUCAUUGCGUCCUGAAGACCUAAGAUUGCACUGGAACUGGAUCGAGUGUGAAUGUGUGUUGCAGCUUAUCCUAAGGUUAAUGAAGGAUGUGGCUCUCAUCUUCAUCACAGAACCAGAGUUUUGACCAGGAGGAGAACCCAUAUAAAGUAUUCCUUUUUAACUAACCAGCGUUUUGAUGGUAAGAGAGACUGUCUUCCUGUGACAAGCUCAUGUGGAUAGUCAAAUGAUUUUUCGUCUGAGCUUGAUGAGACAGGAAUUGCUGAAGACAAUCGUUUGGCAGCCUGUUGCCAGGCACUCAUCAGACUUUAUACCAUGGUGACUGAGGGAAAUUGUGUGGAACAGGAAGAGUGAACGAGAGAGAGAGGGAGUGUGUGAAAGAGAGUGAGUGAGACGUCAUGUGUCAGUUAACAGAGAAAAAGUUAGAUCAAAGGUAGCAAAUUCUUUAUGGAACAGUUUUAAUGAUAUAUUUGGCCAGUUUGUAAAUCCAAGAGCUUGAGCAACUGCACUUGUGUUUUUUGAGAGAUCUCAGCCUGUCUCACCAAGGCAGUAAACCAUCAAGUCCUAAUUUCAUAAGUACUUUAGUGAAGUACAGUCAUUUUUGUGGUGCCAGUGAACCCAGUUGCCAGAAAUUACUCUUGGUAUAAUUCAGAUGUAUUUUUUAAAAUUCUGACAAGCAUGCUUGAAGAAAAUACUUAUGCUUAUGUAGAAUAGCUAAAUAUGCUUUUCAUUUUUAAUGCCAUUAUACCUUGGAUCCUCCCUGAUUAUGCAUCAGAAUUAAAUGGGCAGGAUUAUAAGGGCAAAAUGUGAUGUGAUGAGUGCAAUGAAAGGAUUCAGGUUUAAAAACACUCCUUUGUCUGUUGCUCCACUUACUGUCAAAAAGGUGGUAUGAGCCUCUGUGGCAGACAGUAUUGACAAUCAUAACAUCAUUUGAAUCCAAAACUGAAAUCAGGCAUAAAUUUCCUUACAAAGGUUAGGCAACCACUUCUUUAGUUUAAGAGCUGUGUUAGAUGGAUCCCUUGGAUUGCUUCUAGAAAGAAUUAACUUGUGGAUCAAUGUGUCUUCAACAAGGACCUUGUAAAGGCUACAGAAAAUCCUUAAAAUGUCUACAGCCUAUUUUUGUUGUGUGUGAAGAAUGCUUCUUAGCUCUGCAGUUUUUUAUACUAUCUUGGAAUUGUAUUUGUGAAUACAGUACUAUUAAAAUUAAAUGGUAUGGAGUAUGAAAGGCAAUAUGUGCUUUUGUUAUGUUGCCCUAAGGCCAAUUACAAGCCUAUGGCAUUGUUUACACUAAGAAAUUCUCUGUCUUAUAUAGCACUUAUUUAUCCUUUGAUUAAUGUACACAAUGAUUUUUCUGGGCCUGGAAUUCACAUAAGCAUACAUGUAAUGCAGUAUUACAGUAUAUAUACUAUUUAUCCUUUUUAAUGUGUGUACAUAUUACAAUUUAUUUUUGUCUUUCAUGUGCCCUGUUUAGUUUCUAAUUAUGAAAAAUGAGUAUUUUUUUCAGGCAAUAAAAGUUCUGUGUAGAGUGAUUUUUACCUCAGAACCUGUAACAGAUUCUUGUGGAGUGUUUUUAGUGUAUAAACUUAAUGAUUGUUGUUUUAGAUGCCAGCCUAAAGGCAGGAAUGCAAUUAGAUGCUAAAAUUAGAUUGCACUCUUUACUGAUAUUUACAAGGCCAGGUUUACGUAAAUGUGAUGGAUUAUUUUAGUAAAGAGCAUUCAAGUAACAGGAGGGUGAUUUUCAUCAGCUGGCGUUCCAUUUCUUUUUAAAUAGGUUGAUGCAAACAUUUUAAGGAAGUAGGUUGAUGUGACCUACAGAAGCACUUAUAUUUUAUGAAAAACCCUACAGAAUCCUGUGUAUGAUCCCCCAAAAUAUCAGUAACCCAGAGAAACAACCAAUUAUAAGCUUGCAGAAAGUAAAAAUAACGUCAUUCCACCUUUAAUGCAGUCAGUUAGAUGUUUUAAGAACAAUUAAUAGGAAACAAUUUAGGGUCUGCGAUGCCAUCAUUUUGUAAAAGGAAAAAGCGUCAUUUUUUACAUCAAGGAAAUAAUGAAGAUGUAUUCGCUCACACUAACUGAUAGAGAAAUGCACAGACCAUAAGAUUUAAGUUUUUUAGUCAGUACCUCUAUAUAAUCCCUUAUUUUGAGAAUUUAAAACCAACCUUAAAAAUGUAUCUUGGAUUGGAACUUGGCAGAACAACAAGACUGUGUUUGGUUCUUUGUUGCUAAACUUAAAAGGAAAGUACUGUGUAAGUGCAAGGUUUACUGUUUUGACUCAGAGUUAUAUAAUGCUUACUUAAAAAAAAUUAAAUGAUACAGAUGACUGGUUUGACUGGUCCUUAAUAUGGGCAAGAUAGCACUUUUACAGUUUUUAAGAAAGUAGCCAAUAUAUUAUAUCUGGAGAAGUAGUUGUUGCAUGUGCCUAGUAAGAAUCUCUCAAAAUGGGGACUCUUAGAUCCCUUAAGUGUGUUGCUGAAUCAGAACAACACACCAUAUGGUUUGUAUUAUACAAGCACAACCAUCUAACCCUAGACAAGUAUUUUCUUCUCUACUGUAAAUAGCAAAUGGGGUGAAGGCCAAAAGCUGUAAGAAUCUUCCCAAGCAAUAGAAAAGUUAAGGAGAUUCUAAUGUGUCACAAUGAUGGAUGAACCAAGUUACUUUUGCCAUAAAGAGCUGUACCGCUUCAAAUUUCAGUGAUGCCUCAUGAUCAUUUGUUAUUGGUUGCCUCGGUAGCUUUUUCAACUGCUCUCAUCACCGGUGAAAAAGGAUAUGGUGCAUUCCUAAGCUUUUAAGUGCAGGCUGCCUGCAGCUCAGAUGGGAAAUAGGAAGGUGAGUUCUGGAAAAGGAAAAACUAGCUGGGGAGGGCUAAGAUGGCAGUUCUUAAAGCAGAAAAUGAGAGUGAAAAUGAAAAGAGGGGAAAAGAUCCCACCCUGGUGGACUCUGGUUAGAAGAAAUGGGUAAUGUGAUCAAUGUGAUUGUUUGUUUGCUUGUUUUAAUUUCUGUCCAGCUGGAGUAUAAAUAGAAAUCUGUGGUAGGCAUUUGACUACAUCUUACUCAUCUGUAUUGUGUUCAGCAAUGUAACCAGAUAUGAAUAUAUAGUAUACGCUCAUUGUAACUAACCUCCAUGGGACCAGGAGAAUAAUUCAUUAAACAAGUUGUUCACUGUAA